UCAGAGGGUUUCAGCCUUGAGAGUUGUUCACAAUACACAGGUUGCAUUUCUCAAGGCUAGCCUUCAAGAUGAAGCUCACAUACCUCAUCCUCUUUUCUCUUAUAGCUGCCUUCUCCCAUGCUUCUGAUCCUAGCCAGCUCCAAGACUUCUGUGUUGCUGACCCUAAUAGCCCAAUUGUUGUGAAUGGCAAGGUGUGCAAGAAUCCAAUGAUGGCUAGGCCAGAAGAUUUCUUCUUCUCUGGGCUGGACAAGCCUGGCAACACAUCGAACCCACUAGGCUCGAUGGUGACUGCGGUCAACGUUCAAAAUAUCUCUGGACUGAACACGCUGGGCAUCUCCCUGGCUCGGAUUGACUUCGCUCCAUGGGGACUGAACCCACCCCACAUCCACCCUCGUGCAACCGAGAUCCUGGUGGUGCUGGAAGGCUGCCUCUACGUGGGGUUCGUGACCAGCAACCCGGAGAACCGGCUGUUCACCAAGAAGUUGUACAAGGGAGAUGUGUUUGUGUUCCCGCAAGGGCUGAUCCACUUCCAGCAGAACGUAGGGAAAGAAGGUGCUGUGGCCAUUGCUGGGCUGAGCAGCCAAAACCCAGGCGUCAUCACCAUUGCUAAUGCUGUGUUCGGGGCGAAGCCACCCGUCUCAGAUGACCUUCUUGCCAAGGCCUUCCAGGUUGACAAGAAGGUUAUCGAUGAGCUGCAGUCUGCUUUCUGGAUGGACAACAACAAUUAAGUAUUGGGGCGGCGGUCUCUCUAAGGAUGGAAUUAAGUACCUAUAAAGAAUACGUAUAAAUCAUUAGAUAUAUCAUAUGGUUUGUGUUGGACAUGUAUGCCUUCUCUGGGAAUCUUUGAAUAAAUUAAGCGGCACCCCAUUUAUUUA